AUGUAUGGUGGAGCCUAUGAUGAAAAGGAAGCUUUAAAUUAUUUCCAACAUUUUAAAAAGUUGUAUUUGAAGAGAUAUGCCACUGAAGAGGAACAUCAUCGUAGAUGGAAGAUUUUCUAUGAUAAUAUUAAUUUAGUUAAUCAAUUAAAUAUUAUGCAUAAACCAAACGAAAUUGCAGGUAAACCAGUUGCUCAAUAUGGUAUCACUCAAUUUAUGGAUAUGAGUCCAAAUGAAUUUGCUCGUGUCAAACUCUUGCCACCAACAAAACAAAAGGAUAUCAACCACACUCCAACUGCACCAAAGGAAAAGUAUCAAAUUGAUGCUCUUCCUGAAUCAUUUGAUUGGAGAGAACAUGGUGCUGUUACUGCUGUUAAAGAUCAAGCUAGUUGCGGAAGUUGUUGGGCUUUCAGUACUGUCGAAAAUAUUGAAGGAGCAUACUUUUUGGCUGGUCACAAUUUGACUAAAUUCUCUCCUCAACAACUUGUUGAUUGUGAUAAUUUGAAUUGUGGAUGUUUUGGAGGUUUUCCAUUUAUUGCCAUGCAAUAUAUCCAAAAGAGAGGAGGUUUGGCUACUGAAUCUUCUUACCCAUACUGCAUUCCACCAUUAGGAAACUGUUUCCCGUGUAACACUAACAAGACCUAUUGUCCUAGUGGAGAAUAUUGCAAUCGUACUUGUUCAGUUCAAAACUAUCAACUUGUUGCAAAGGUUGCUGGUUAUGAAAAUGUCUCUCAAAAUGAAGACGAUAUUGCCGCAUACUUGGUAAAGAAUGGACCACUCUCCAUUUGCCUUAAUGCCAUGUGGUUGCAAUUCUAUCAUAGUGGUAUUAGUGAUCCAAUGUAUUGUCCUCCAGAUAUUGACCAUGCUGUUUUGCUUGUUGGUUUUGGUACUCACACUAAUUGGCUUGGAGAAAAGACUAAUUAUUGGAUUGUUAAGAACAGUUGGGGAGAAUCUUGGGGUGAAAAGGGUUAUUUCCGUCUCAUUAGAGGUAAGGAUAAGUGUGGUAUUAAUACUAUGGUUGCCAAUGCCAUUGUUGGAAAGACUAAAUUCUAG